AUGAGCUGGGCACCGGCGCAGCGCAGGUCGAGGUCACCCCGCGGCCGGGCCGCCACCGACGACGGCAGCACGCUCAACUCGGCGGCGAGCGAGGCGGCGGGACUUCGCAGAAGCCCUCCCGGCCUUCUGGGAGGCAUCCUCUACGUCUUCGGCGAAGGCGCAGCACAGCUCUCCGAAGGCCGGGGUCCCUCCGAGCUUUCUGAGAAGGCCCGCCCCUCCUCACUGUCCCCUCCGGGCUCGCCGCCGACCAACGUCGUCAAGACGCAGAGCGGCGCGACCGUCCCGAUGCUGUCGCUGGGGCCGGCGUCCUCGUUCCUCGAGCACGCGUCGUGGAUGCUGCAGUCGGCCGUGGGGUGCUGGGGCAAGGCGGACGCGCAGUUCGAGUCCGUCGAGGACAUCGACAUCUGGGGAACGAAAGAUGACCCGCAAGCGCGGGCUCAGCGACGACGAGGUGCGGGUCGUCAGGCUGAAGCACGAAAGCAAGCGGCAUAUCCGGGCCGUGGGCCUCACGACAAGCGCUCGGUGAUGAUGGCGGUCAUUGUGGCGCUGGCCCUCGACGAUGAGGACUCCGUGUGCCACCUGUUCCGGGAGCUGAGGGACUACAGGCUCGAAGGCGAGUUCGUCCAGCUCCUGGAGUCCGCGCUGGGCCCCGCCGCCCACGGCGACGGCGCCGAGGACACGGAGGGCGGCGCCGCGGGGGGCGCGCGGGAGACUGACCGCGGGGGCUCCCAGCCGAGAGACGACUGGUGCGAGUGGCAGCCCGAGGAGGGCUGGGGCGGUGGCUGGCAACGGCGGCUGGGGGACGAGGAGAGGACUGGGCCGCCGAGGGCCGGAGGCCGCCCCGCCGGCGGUCGAAGACAGCCUCCCUGCGCGCUCGGGGGCGGAGCGAGCCCCCAGGGCGCCGAGGCGGGCCGCCGCAGCCGCCGUCGCCGUCGCCAGAGGGCGGCGUGGGCCAGGAUCGAAGGCAUCGAGUUGGACCUCAUCCACUCGGCGGAGGGGCAGAUUGUUCCGGUGGUGGGGCUGGAAAAGGUCUCUGUCUUCCACGAGAACGUGUCUUGGAUCCUCCAGCUGGCCACCGGCACCACCGGCAAGGCCGACUCGGUGUACGAGUACACGGCGGACCAGGAGAUCUCGGACUGGUGUUUUCGGAAGGGCCUCCCGGACCAGGGGGUCAGCAUCGUCCGGCUCAAGGCGCGCCACAUGCGGCACGUAAAGGCCGUGGGCAUCGGGGCCAAGCGCUCCCUGAUCCUCGCGCUGGUGGUAUCGCUGAUCCUCAACCAGGAGUAG